AUAAAGCGGCACUGGUUGUUUCAGCAGGUAGCAGGUAGGUAUAAGAACUAGUGAACUGCAUCUGCAUGCAUUCAUUCGGUUCUGGUCAAGGAGCAAACAGAACAGAACAGAACAGAGCAACUUGGUUUUGGAUUUCAGAACCAACCUGCUGAGCCAUCCUCAAGGUUUUGACAUGGUGAAGGACUCCAUAGAUGGUUUAUCUUCACAGCCGAACUCCGAAUCCCACGACGAUGAUGGCCAUCUUAAACGAACAGGAACUCUUUGGACUACAAGCUCCCACAUAGUAACCGCCGUUGUAGGAUCUGGGGUGCUGUCUUUAGCCUGGGCCAUAGCUCAAAUGGGCUGGGUUGCUGGUUCUGUAGUGAUGAUCUCCUUCAGCAUCAUCACUUGGUACACUUCAUUACUUCUAGCUGACUGUUAUCGUUAUGGAGACCCCAUUUUCGGAAAAAGAAACUAUUCUUUCAUGGAUGCAGUUCAGAACAUUCUUGGUACUCGCUACGCUCAGAUUUGUGGGAUAGUCCAGUACUCGAGUCUUUACGGCGCUGCAAUAGGAUACACAAUUACGGCUGCCAUUAGCAUGAUAGCAAUAACAAGGACAGACUGCCUCCAUUCCUCAGGCGGAAAAAACCCAUGUCCAAUUUCAAGCAACCCAUACAUGAUCAGUUUUGGAGUAAGCCAAGUUUUCUUUUCUCAAAUUCCAGAUUUUCAUCAAACAUGGUGGCUCUCAAUUGUUGCAGCAAUCAUGUCUUUCACAUAUUCCUUAAUUGGUCUCUAUCUGGGAAUUGCUAAAGUUGCAGAAACGGGUACCAUCAAGGGUAGUCUCACAGGAGUUAGUAUUGGAAUGGUGACAAAAGCUGAAAAAGCAUGGGGAGUGUUCCAAGCUCUUGGUGACAUAUCCUUCGCCUAUACAUUCUCUCAAAUUCUCAUGGAAAUUCAGGACACCAUUAAAACCCCACCAUCUGAAGUGAAAACAAUGAAGAAGGCCACCCAUAUAAGCAUUGGAGUUAUCACAGCAUUUUACAUGCUUUGUGGGUGCUUUGGCUAUGCUGCUUUUGGAGACACAGCACCUGGUAAUCUGCUAACUGGAUUUGGCUACUCCAAAUCAUAUUGGCUUAUAGACAUUGCUAAUGCAGCAAUUGUAGUUCACAUGUUUGGAGCAUACCAAGUGUAUUCCCAACCCCUCUUUGCAUUUGUUGAGAAAGAGGUAGUAAAAAGGUGGCCAUUAGUUAACAAGGAAUACAAGAUUCCAAUUCCUGGUUGUGCUCCUUAUAAUCUAAACUUGUUUAGAUUGGUUUGGAGAACAAUGUUUGUUAUCUCAACCACUUUUAUAGCAAUGUUGAUUCCAUUCUUCAAUGACGUUAUGGGGAUCCUUGGAGCUCUGAAUUUUUGGCCUUUAACAGUUUAUUACCCAGUGGAGAUGUAUAUCAAACAGAAGAAGAUGCCAAAAUGGAGUAGGAGAUGGAUUUUUCUGCAAAUUAUAAGUGUAGUUUGCCUUGUAGUGUCAGCAGUGUCUGUUGUUGGCUCAGUGGCUAGUGUAGUUCUUGACCUGAAGAAGUACAAACCUUUUGUCUCAAACUUUUAAGCCCUGUACAUACAACUGGUCAGUAAUGUUUGUGGUUUGUGUUUUCGCUAUCCAUUAUCU